AUGAAUGUUCCAGCUGACUUCGAACAGUACAUUCCCGUCGACAAGGUCGUCAACCGCCGUACCUUGGGUAUUCUGAAGAAGCCAUGGACGGCCGAAACUCUACAACGGCUCAAGCUGCUUAUAACUCCUAGCAUGGGCUCAAAGUCUUGCUUAGGUCUUUCCAAGUGCCAUUCCAUUGAUAAGCCUGGUGAAGGCUCUGAAGAUGAGUGUAAAGGGACAGUUGAGUUCCGCUACCUCGAAGGUACUCUAGAUCCUGAGCUGAUUCUUCGGUGGAGUCAGUUGAUGGUUUCUCUAUUCCAGUUUGCAGAUCUAGCUUCGCCACAAGCAUGGCAGAAUUUUGUGCCCGCAGUACUGCAGUACUGA